GCCCAGUCCCGCCUCCCUCCCCUCCCCGCGGCAGCUUCUGCAGAGAAACGAAACCAAAGCCCGGGCGGGGCGGACCCGAAAGCGACCAGCUGGGAUUUCCCGGGGCCUGGCGCGUCCCGUCGGGCCGAGCGUGUGGCCGCCCGCCUGGCUCCGGCUGGGCCCUCUGACCCCGAUGGGCGACCCCGGGGGUCUCGCCUGGGGCAGCAGGAAGGUCUGGCUCGCCGUGGCCAUUGUGGAACUCGCCAUCGUCCUCAUCCUGGCAGCCGGGCUGGGCCACUUUGUGGCCACGGAGCAGUGGCUGCACAGCGACGUGCUGGGCCUGCGGGAGGAGCUGGCCCGUGCCAACUGGACCCUGCAGGAGAUGCAGGAGAGCUCUGACGUGUGCAGGAACCACACGCAUGUCCUGCAGAAGAAUGUCAUCAACCUGACCCAGGAGGUCACCCGGUUAAAUAGCGACAUUGCCCAGCAAGAGGUGGAAAAAGGCAGGUUACAAGAUGAAAUUAGCACCUGGAAAAACAAGGUCCAGCAUCUCCAGGAGCAAAAGGAUCAGUACCACAGGGAGGUCAGCUGGCUACAGCAGCAGCUCCAAAGACACCAGGAACUUCGCUCCAGUGUGGGCAGUGCCAGGCUCCCCCCCCUCCUGCCUCUGCUGGCAGCCCCCCUCGCUGCACUGCUUGUCUGAACGGAGCCAGGCAGGGAGCAGAGUCAGCACCCAGGACGGAGUCCCCCAGCUGAGAGACCGGGACUCUCCCAGGGAAUAAGCAGCACUGGACCCUGUGGCCGGCACAUGCUCCUCGUGGAGGAAGCCUCAUCUCCUGCCAGAGGACUGUUUACUGAGGGGGGGGGGGCUGUGACGGACGAGGGGGACGCAGUGACAAGUCCAUGGAUGGAGAUGACCCUGCACUACAGUUUAGACACGUCACCCAAAGCCCCAGAUGACAGUUGCACCAAGUUGGGCCUGUGACAUCCUACUUGGGUAGGAAACACCAAUGGACCGCCGACAUUUUUUCAGAGGUGGCCACUGAUUUGGGGUGCCCGGUUUUGGGGUGCCCCUGGCCCCCACAUGAGUCACACCCAGUCUGGGACCCAGCGACAGCAUCACCUGCUCUCACGCUUAGGGAAAGGGGAGGGGGGAUUAAAGUGACUAACAACCCAGCCCUCGGCCGGGAGAACGUUGGCAGAAUAAAUAGGCUUUGCUAUUCA